UACAAUAACCUCCACGAUGGAUAAAAAUCAUCUGAAAUAGAAAGCAAAGAUCUCCAUUUAGUAUCUGGUCUUUGCUUCAAUUGUCCCAAAUGUACAGAUUUAACACAAAUAUGGUAAAAGUUUUUUCCCAAUACAAUGAAACACCAAAGCACCAUGACCUUUUAACAAUUUUGUCUGACUGUUAACAUCAGAUUCCCAAUCUUUAGGAACUACUUUAAACUUUAAAAGUCUGAGAAAUAAAACCAUUCUGAAUACCAUUAUUGAUAAAAGAAAGGAAAGUCUGAGGGAAGGAUGUCUUAAGAUUCCGAACUAAUCCUUCCACAAUUCUUACUGAAUUUAUCCCAACUUGAUCAGCAAUUGAAUGUACAGUUCUCCAUUGACCAUUCUUUAAAUCAAUCAAGUCCAUGACUUUUGAUAACCCAGCAUUCAAAAAUUUAAUGACUAAAGAUGAUGACACAUUGGCAGAAAACUGAAAAAGGGGAUUAAAAAAAAAGAGGUUCUAAAAAACCAUAAUGUUCAUCCUCAUUUCUCAAUAUUUUAAAAUCACUCACUUUUUAGAAUCACUCCUGGGUAAAAACUGAAAGGUAAAGAAUACUGUGACAAAGCUGACCUAAUUGUCACCGCUGGGCAACACUGGCACACAUACACAUGCACUCACACAGUAAUACUAACCUUUGUAAUGGUCCACGCUCAUUUCUCCUCCCACUGUUGCUGCUAUCGGCGGCGCGGGUGCACACGCAGUCCCGAUGGCACACGGACAUGUUGAACAUUAUUUCUUUGCCCCUCCGUCAGUAUUCAUAACCCUGGACAUUUCACACACUCACACUGUACGUUGAUGGAUGUAUAGUCUUGUUCUGUCCUUGUUUUAGUGUGUUUAAUUGGGCAUGCGAUGGUCGGCGUUCCAGUGUGAGACGCUGCGUCGGCAAAACAGAGCAAUCGAGCGGCGAUUGGUUAUGACAUCACUGACCGCGCCGCACCGGCGCAGUGCACCGGAAGCCAGCCAAACCAUUGUGUAAUGUUAAUAGGGGUACCCAUGUUUUAUGUGUGAUAAAAUUGAAGUGUUAAAUGUAUUAUUCUUGUAGUGAAUGUUUUUAUUUGUGGAUUAUGUGUGGAGUUUGUGUUUAAUGUUAAUUAAAUGUAUAGGAUUGAGUGAAAAUGGGUUAAGAAAUGAGUUUAUACCUGCUAUACAUACCUGGUUUGAGGAGUCCCGUGGUAGGGGCGGGGUGUAGUCUGGCCUAUAUAAGAGCAGGCCAGACUCAAACUAAUUGCUUGUUUACCAAGUCAAAGUGAGAGUGCAACUGCGGUGCCUCGAACGAACCUCCAGUCACCUGUAUAUUGUGGAUACUUACCUGUACAUAUUUUUGAUUGGAUUAUUUCCUCUUUAUUUUGCUGUUUGUUGUUUUUUUUUUUGGUACUUUGGGUUUUUUUUUUUGGUUUUUCCCCCAUCGUUGUUGUGCACCUAUAUAUAUUAUAUUUUUCACCGUUGGACUGUGUAUAUUUUUGGCACUGUAAAUAAACACACUUGCACAAAAGUGCUAUUGCGGGCUGAGCCAUCAUUUUUAACGUCUUUUACGGACAUUCACUUCAUCCCCAAGCGAGUGGUGGUUCUCGCUUCAUCACAUUUGGUGGCAGCGGUGGGAUGGCAACCCGCAAGACAGUGCCAAAAGGUAGAAAACCCAGGACGGGUUUGCGGUCCCAGGUGAAGGCGGUGGCUAAGGAGGAGGGGACCUGGGAUUCGAUGGAAUCUACAGAGGAAGAGGAGGCAGCUGCAAAGCUUCCUGAAGCCUCAGCAAAGGCCAGUUCACCGCAGUCCAAGCCCGUCACGUCCAGUGCAACGUCUGGUGAAGGAAUGGUGUCCCUGAUGCACAAAUUCCUUGACGCACAAGAGCAGAGGGAAGAGAGAUAUCUGUGAGAGCUCCGUGGACUACGAGAGUCCAUCUUACAGUCGGUGCAGCCUGCAAAGACCUCGUUAGACAUGGAUAGUCUACGGAUGGACCUACCAACACCAGCAGCACAGAGAGUCUCCACACGAGGUGGUCCAGCACAUGUCCUAGACUCCACAAAUGUUCCUGCAUCAAGCCAGCCAAUGCUGCGUUCUGAACCAAAGAUGCCAGCCUUCCAGCAGGGGGAAGACAUUGAAAACUAUCUUCGGCAGUUCGAGCGGCUGGCCAGGACCUGGGGAUGGCCUGAGCAGGAGUGGAGCUUUUGACUCGUUCCACUGCUGACAGGGCAGGCACUGGAGGCGUACCUAGCGAUGGAUGAGGAGCAGGCGGAGGUGUAUGCUGAUCUAAAGGAAGCACUGCUGGAGAAAUUUAACAUCUCAUCAGAAACCUACCGCCAGCGCUUCCGAACGUCCUUUGUUCCAACGGGAGAAUCACCAACAGAAACCUACCAUCGCUUAAGGAAUCUGUAUCGACGAUGGGUAUGGCCUGAGGAGCACUCUAAAGAGGAGAUUGGUGAGGCUAUUAUCCUGGAGCAGCUUCUUCGCGUGCUUCCGUAUGAUACUCGCACCUGGGUACGGGAGCAUGAGCCGACGACGGGGCUGGCAGCAGCGAAGCUGGCUCAACAGUACAUGAACGCUCACCGUGGAGGCCCACGCACUCAACAACCACCUGGAGGUACUGUACGUUCUGUUUCUGAUAGCUCUGGGGCUGGGGUUGAGAGACGUCAUGCUGAUCGUACAGACAAUGCACAAGGCCAAAAAUCGACUGUGGGCAAGGGAUUAAUUUGCUUUUAUUGCCAACAGCCAGGACACAAAGCAUCGGUGUGCCCUGGGCGAAAAGCAAAACUGACUGGAUUUUGUUAUGUUCCCAGAGAGGAAGGCAAUGUGAGAGACUUUGUAGAGGGAAGUCAAAAUGUGUGCAAUGUAACAGUGAAUGGACAUUCUUUGCAAGCUCUUUUGGACACUGGUAGCACUCUUUCGCUGUUGAAGCCAUGUUUUGUAUCAAAUGUCAAUUAUGUGAAUACCACCGCUGUUCAGUGUGUACAUGGGGACGUAAAGCAGUAUCCCCGAGCUGAAGUGAUUGUUGAAGUGCAUGAUAAAUUGUACUUGUUAAAUGUUGCCAUAAUUGAUAACUUACCAGCUGACAUGAUUCUGGGUCGAGACCUACCGGUCCUGAAUGAUCUGUUACAAACCACCGAAGACUUUGAAACUGCUACCCCUUCUGCUACUGUUAAAGUGUCAUGUCCUGUUGUCACUCGGGCACAAGCCAAGGCAGGUCUGCAGCCACUGCCAGACUUAGACAGUAGUCUGUUGCAGGGCGGGACUAAGGGCCCAAGAAAGUCACGCCGACAGCGGCGGCUAGAGAAGUACCUGGGUACCCCAGUCUCCAAGAAUUCUGUGGAUGGUCUUGAUGUUAGUGACUGGAGGAUCCCGGAGGACAUUUCAAAAUUGCAAAGGGAGGAUGAGUCUUUAAAAUUACUAUUUGAAAAAACUGAGUGUGAAAAUGCAUCCAAUUUGGGCAAUCAAAAGUAUGUUGUGUUGAAUGGAGUGUUGUAUUUGCAGACAAAUGAUGUGACACGUUUGGUUGUUCCAACAUGCUGCUGCCAUAUUGUCUUACAUUAAGCACACACUGAUCCCUGGGCUGGCCACCU